UAGACCACCAACGAUCUAACAGCCGUUUCCUCCGCCGAUUGCAGCCACCAUUGCCUGCAACCAAACGAAGCCUAUACCUCUUCUUCAAAUCUGACAGACCUUGUCCAUGGAAAAAACCGCUUCCUUUUUGUUUUCCGGCAUUAACUUUGACCGGAAAAAGUUCGCAGGAGAUUUCGCCAGGUUCGAGGAGAAGAAAAAAAUAGAUAAAUCGGCGGAGGAAUCGAGCUUGGCGGAAAUUGGAAACUCUGAACCGGAGAAGGGGAAGGUAUCUGUCAAGAAGCGAAAGCGAAAAACAAAGGAUUCAGACAAAGAAACGGUAGAAGGAUUCAGUGUCUUUAAGAGCUCGAAACCAGAAGUGGAAGCUGUGGUGCUGAAUGAAGAGAAUGACAAAGACGAAGACAAGCCUUUAAAAGCAAAGAAAGAAGUGUAUAGGCAACAAGAGCGGGAUGCUCUGUCGCGUAAGAAGUACAACAUUCAUGUGUCCGGGAAUAAUGUAGCAAGUCCACUUCAGAAUUUUGAGGAAUUAAGUUCAAGGUUUGGGUGUGAACCUUAUUUGUUACACAAUAUGGCAGGACUUGGAUUUAAUGAGCCGACACCAAUUCAAAGGCAGGCUAUUCCGGUUCUUUUAUCUGGCCAGGAAUGCUUUGCGUGUGCUCCAACUGGAUCUGGUAAAACCUUGGCUUUUGUCUGUCCCAUGCUAAUGAAACUUGAGCAUCCAUCAACUAAUGGCAUCAGAGCUCUUAUCCUCUGUCCCACACGAGAGUUAGCUACUCAGACAACUAGAGAGAGCAAGAAAUUGGCAGAAGGAAAAAAAUUCCGCAUCAAGUUGAUGACAAGAGAGCUAUUACGAAGUGCUGAUUUGUCAAAGCUACCUUGUGAUAUACUUAUAUCAACACCACUUAGGUUGAGGUUGGCUAUAAGGAAAAAAAAGCUCGACUUAAGCAGGGUUCAGUUUCUUGUCUUAGAUGAAUCUGAUAAGCUAUUUGAGCCUCGUUUGAUAAAGCAGAUUGAUUCUGUGGUCAAAGCUUGUUCAAAUCCUUCAAUAAUACGCUCCAUGUUUAGUGCUACCUUACCUGACUUUGUUGAGGACCUUGCACGCACAAUAAUGCAUGAUGCUGUUCGAGUUAUUGUUGGCAGAAAGAACACUGCUUCUGAAUCGAUCAAGCAAAAAUUGAUUUUUGCGGGAAGUGAAGAAGGAAAACUUCUUGCACUUCGUCAAAGCUUUGCAGAGAGUUUGAAUCCACCGGUAUUAAUCUUUGUACAAAGCAAGGAGCGGGCAAAGGAACUGUAUGGGGAACUGGCAUAUGAUAACAUAAGAGUUGAUGUCAUCCAUUCUGAUUUGCCCCAAUCGCAGCGAGAAAAUGCUGUCGAUCGCUUCAGAGCUGGCAAGACAUGGGUCCUGAUUGCCACUGAUGUUAUUGCCCGGGGUAUGGAUUUCAAAUGUGUCAACUGUGUGAUUAAUUAUGAUUUUCCAGACUCUGCUGCUGCAUACAUCCACAGGAUUGGUCGGUCGGGCAGAGCGGGGAGGACGGGAGAAGCGAUUACUUUUUACACCAAGAACGAUGUUCGCUUCCUGCGGAACGUAGCUAAUGUAAUGACAGCUUCAGGUUGUGAAGUUCCAUCCUGGGUCAUGGCAUUGCCCAAAUUGAAAUGGAAGAAGCACCGUCCACAAAGAGAGCCAAUAUCAACUAAUCCAAAAGAUUAGGAAGAAUAUAGUCGGUGAUGAGGGAUAAUCUUUUACAUGGAGAUAUUUCAGGGAAGCAAUCAUUGAAAUAUGUAACAGUUUCAGAACACAUUGUAAUAUGUAAUUUUCCAACUUUUGCAUUUGUAGCUCGAUAUCAUGGGAAGCAAUCAUUUUUCUGAGGAUGAA